UGUGGGUGUCGGUGACGCGCCGGGGUGCGCGCAGCCAUUAGGCCGCGCUUCGUUGGUCGCGCGCACCAGAACCUGGACUCAGUAGAAAACGAAGACGCACGAGGGAGGACUCGUCGAGCAUGAAGAGGCAGGGGGCCUCCUCGGAGCGGAAACGGGCGCGAAUACCGUCCGGGAAGUCCGUGGAUACUCUCCAGUUUACAUGAAUUAUUUAGUCCUCACUACUCUGAGGAGCAGCAAAUGGAUUUCUCAUGGAGGUGUGUGUUGAUUCAGUAGAGUCAGCUGUAAAUGCAGAAAGAGGAGGUGCGGAUCGGAUUGAAUUGUGUUCUGGCUUACUGGAAGGGGGAACCACACCCAGCAUGGGUGUCCUUCAAGUAGUGAAGCAAUGUGUCCAGAUCCCAGUUUUUGUGAUGAUUCGGCCACGUGGAGGUGACUUUUUAUAUUCAGAUCGUGAAGUUGAGGUGAUGAAGGCUGACAUUCGUCUUGCCAAGCUUUAUGGUGCUGAUGGUUUGGUAUUUGGAGCAUUGACUGAAGAUGGACACAUUGACAAAGAGUUGUGCAUGUCCCUUGUGGCUAUAUGCCGUCCUCUACCAGUCACUUUCCACCGAGCCUUUGACAUGGUUCAUGAUCCAGUGGCAGCUCUAGAGACCCUCUUAACCUUGGGAUUUGAACGAGUAUUGACCAGUGGAUGUGACAGUUCGGCACUAGAAGGGCUACCCCUAAUAAAGCGACUCAUAGAUCAGGCAAAAGGCAGGAUUGUGGUAAUGCCAGGGGGUGGCAUAACUGACAGAAAUCUACAAAGGAUCCUUGAAGGUUCAGGUGCUACAGAAUUUCACUGUUCUGCUCGGUCUGCUAGAGAUUCAGGAAUGAAGUUUCGAAAUUUCUCUGUUGCCAUGGGAGCCUCUCUUUCUAGCUCAGAAUACUCUCUAAAGGUAACAGAUGUGGCACAAGUGAGGACUUUGAAUGCUAUUGCAAAGAAUAUUCUGGUUUAGCCAGACCUCUCUGAGAGACAUGGAUAUCACAAGAUGAAGGUAAAAGAGUAGUCUGUAAUUCUCUAUGACACAGCUUUAACCUUCUGCUCUGGCCUGGACAGUCACAGUCUUUAAAUCUCACAUGGCUAUGAAGACUGUUUCCAAGAAGACAAAGAAUUCAAACAGAGCUACAAUCAAUUCCUUUGCCUAAUCUUGCCAGCCAUCUCCAUUAUCAUGGUUAAAUGUGGUCUAUGCUUCUUCCAAAAACAGAGGUUUAGUCUGUUUUGUGGAAUUAAUUGAUGAACUGGGAAAGUUGAACUGUAAAGUAUGAAUUCAGAGUGUGACUUCAGGGUCAGUUUAAUAGCAGUAUUUUGCUUUUUCAUUUGUAAAAUAAAAAUGUCCAUUCUGUAAUA